AGGCGGGGAGAAGGACAGGAGAAAGAGGGAGGCGGGGACCUCAGCCAGCAUUAAGGGGAGAGAGAAGCGAGACCCACAGCGCUCCCAAAGCCCUUCUCUCCCACUCCGCCUCUGAAGCAGAAGGAGCCAUGCAGAGGUCGCCGCUGGAGAAGGCCAAUGUGUUCUCCAGGCUGUUCUUCAGGUGGACUAAGCCAAUUUUGAAAAAGGGUUACAGACAGCGCCUAGAAUUAUCAGAUAUUUAUCAGAUCCCUGCCACAGAUUCUGCAGAUAAUCUUUCUGAAAAAUUGGAAAGAGAAUGGGACAGAGAGUUGGCUUCAAAGAAAAAACCUAGACUCAUCAAUGCUCUCAGACGCUGUUUCUUUUGGAGGUUUACAUUCUAUGGAAUAAUACUAUAUUUAGGGGAAGUUACUAAAUCUGUGCAGCCACUUUUACUGGGAAGAAUAAUAGCUUCAUAUGAUCCUUCCAAUUCGCUUGAACGAUCAAUCGCUUACUAUUUAGCCAUAGGGCUAUGCCUUCUCUUCAUUGUACGGAUGUUGCUUCUUCACCCAGCAAUAUUUGGCUUGCAUCACAUUGGAAUGCAGAUAAGGAUAGCCAUGUUUAGCUUAAUUUAUAAAAAGACCUUAAAAUUGUCAAGCAGAGUCCUAGAUAAAAUAAGUACCGGGCAACUCGUUAGCCUCCUUUCAAACAAUCUGAAUAAAUUUGAUGAAGGUCUAGCCUUGGCGCAUUUUGUGUGGAUUGCUCCUUUACAAGUGGUGUUGCUUAUGGGGCUUCUCUGGGAGAUGUUGCAGGCUUCAGCGUUUUGUGGACUUGCUCUCCUAAUUGUUGUCGCUCUUUUCCAGUCCUGGCUUGGACGAAAGAUGAUGAAAUACAGAGAUCAGAGAGGGGGAAAAAUCAAUGAGAGACUUGUGAUCACUUCAGAAAUGAUUGAAAACAUACAAUCUGUCAAGGCAUACUGUUGGGAAGAUGCAAUGGAAAAUAUUAUUGAAAACCUGCGAAAAAGUGAACUGAAGCUGACCCGAAAAGCUGCUUAUGUGAGAUAUUUCAAUAGCUCAGUAUUCUUCUUCUCUGGAUUUUUUGUGGUGUUUUUGGCUGUGCUUCCAUAUGCACUGAUCGAUAAAAUUAUCCUCAGGAAAAUAUUUACCACCAUCUCAUUCUGCAUUGUCCUUCGAAUGGCCAUCACAAGGCAGUUUCCUUGGGCCGUGCAGACAUGGUAUGAUUCUCUUGGAGCAAUAAACAAAAUACAGGAUUUUUUGCAAAAAGAAGAAUACAAAACUCUGGAAUAUAAUUUGACAACUACUGGUCUUGAACUGGAUAAAAUAACAGCUUUCUGGGAUGAGGGAAAUGGGGAGCUCUUUACAAAAGCCAAACUGGAAAAUGGCAGUAGAAAAAUAUCAACAACUAGUGAUGGUCUCUUCUUCAGUAAUUUUCAACUUCAUUUUGCUCCUGUUCUUAAAGAUAUCAGCUUCAAAAUUGAGAAGGGGCAGUUGCUAGCUGUUGCUGGGUCAACAGGAGCAGGCAAGACUUCUCUCCUGAUGUUGAUCAUGGGUGAAUUGGAGCCCUUGGAAGGCAAAGUGAAACACAGUGGAAGAAUUUCCUUCUGCCCUCAAGUAUCAUGGAUCAUGCCUGGGACAAUUAAAGACAAUAUCAUCUUUGGAGUUUCCUAUGAUGAAUUCCGAUAUAAGAAUGUCAUCAAAGCCUGUCAGUUAGAAGAGGACAUUACAAAAUUUCCAGAAAAAGAUGAUACAGUUUUGGGAGAAGGUGGAAUCACCCUCAGUGGUGGCCAGCGAGCCAGAAUUUCCCUAGCCAGAGCAGUGUAUAAAGAUGCUGACUUGUAUCUCUUGGAUUCCCCUUUUGGCUAUUUAGACAUGCUAACAGAAAAAGAAAUAUUUGAAAGUUGUGUGUGCAAGCUUAUUGUGAACAAAACAAGAAUCCUGGUCACUUCAAAACUGGAACAUUUAAAGAUAGCAGACAAAAUAUUGAUUUUACAUGAAGGAACAUGCUAUUUCUAUGGAACAUUUUCUGAGCUUCAGGGUCAACGGCCCAACUUUAGCUCUGAACUGAUGGGAUUUGAUGCUUUCGAUCACUUCAGUGCAGACAGAAGGAACUCUAUUUUGACUGAAACACUGCGGAGGCUCUCUAUUGACAGCGAUGGAAUGGGUUCACGAAACGAAAUGAAGAAACCUUCUUUUAAGCAAACAUCAGAUUUUACUGAGAAAAGGAAGAAUUCUGUGAUGAAUGCACUAAAUUCAAGCCGGAAAUUUUCUCUUAUACAAAAAACACCACUGCAGGCUAAUGGUAUAGAAGAAAGUAUUGGAGAACCAGUUGAAAGAAGGUUGUCUUUGGUGCCUGACUCUGAGCAAGGGGAGGCAAUUUUGCCAAGAAGCAAUGUACUUAAUCCUGGCCCCACUUUCAGAGGACCAAGGAGGCAGUCUGUGCUUAACUUGAUGACCCGAACCUCUGUUCAUCCUGGACAGAGUUUUUACACAAAGAACAGCGUAUCAGUACGUAAAAUGUCUGUAGUUCACCAAGCUUCUGAGAUAGAUAUCUAUGCCAGGCGCUUGUCUAGAGACAGUGUGGUAGAAAUCACUGAAGAACUUAAUGAAGAGGAUUUAAAGGAAUGCUUCUUUGAUGAUACUGAGACAAUGAACACUGUUACAACAUGGAACACAUACUUCAGAUAUAUUACCGUCCACAAAGCGUUGGUUGUUGUGUUAAUUAUGUGUGUAGUUAUCUUUUCGAUUGAGGUGGUGGCAUCCCUCAUCGGAGUACUGUAUUUCACCUCUCUUGUUCCUGAAGAAACUACCACAAAUGUAACAAAGUCAACAAACACUACCUCUGAAAAUGCUGGCAUUGUUGUUACUGAGUCUAGCAGCUAUUACAUCUUCUACAUUUAUGUGGGAGUGGCAGAUACUCUACUGGCCAUGGGGAUCAUCCGAGGCAUACCCCUUGUGCACACUCUGAUAACAGUUUCUAAAACUCUACAUCGCAAGAUGUUGCAUGCAGUCCUUCAAGCACCCAUGUCUUCCUUGAACAAGCUGAAAGCAGGUGGGAUACUUAACAGAUUCUCAAAGGAUAUAGCAAUACUGGAUGACCUGCUACCACUUACAAUAUUUGACUUCAUCCAGUUAAUAUUAAUUGUGAUUGGUGCAAUAUUAGUAGUCUCAGCUAUUGAACCGUACAUCUUCUUAGCAUCUGUGCCUGUGAUAGCAGCCUUUAUAAUGUUACGAGCAUACUUCCUGCACACUUCUCAGCAGCUGAAGCAACUGGAAUCUGAAGCCAGAAGUCCAAUUUUCACCCAUCUUGUUACAAGCUUAAAGGGGCUUUGGACACUGAGAGCUUUUGGCCGGCAGCCGUAUUUUGAGACUCUGUUUCAUAAAGCCUUGAACUUGCAUACAGCAAACUGGUUCCUGUAUCUAUCCACAUUACGUUGGUUCCAGAUGAGGAUAGAAAUGAUUUUUGUCAUCUUCUUCAUCAUUGUGACAUUUGUUUCUAUUGCUACUACAGGCAAUGGGGAAGGACAAGUUGGCAUUAUUCUUACAUUGGCAAUGAAUAUUAUGGGAACCUUGCAGUGGGCAGUAAACUCAAGCAUUGAUGUAGACAGCCUGAUGCGGUCUGUGAGCCGAAUAUUUAAAUUCAUUGAUAUGCCAACCGAAGAAUCCACAACUACGCCACCAUCAAGGAACGGCGGGCUUUCCCAAGUCCUAAUAAUUGAGAAUAAGCAUGUAAAGGAAGAGAAUACCUGGCCAUCAGGCGGGCAAAUGAUUGUGAAGGAUCUCACUGCCAAGUAUUUAGACGGGGGCUUGGCUAUCCUUGAAAACAUUUCCUUUUCAAUAAGUCCAGGACAAAGGGUGGGCCUUUUAGGAAGAACUGGCUCAGGGAAAAGUACAUUGCUCUUUGCUUUUUUGAGACUCCUGAAUACCGAAGGUGACAUUCAAAUUGACAGUGUUUCCUGGAACACUGUUCCUGUGCAGCAGUGGAGAAAAGCAUUUGGAGUUAUACCUCAGAAAGUUUUUAUAUUCUCUGGAUCAUUUCGGAAGAACUUGGAUCCUUAUGGACAAUGGAGUGACGAAGAACUUUGGAAAGUUGCUGAGGAGGUUGGACUGAAAUCUAUAAUAGAGCAGUUUCCAGGUCAACUUGAUUUCGUUCUGGUGGAUGGUGGCUGUGUCCUCAGCCAUGGACAUAAACAGUUAAUGUGUCUUGCCAGGUCAAUUCUCAGUAAAGCUAAAAUUCUUCUUCUUGAUGAACCAAGUGCCCAUCUAGAUCCUAUGACCUUCCAGGUGAUUAAAAAAACCCUCAAGCAAGCUUUUGCAAACUGUACAGUAAUACUCUCAGAACACAGACUGGAAGCACUACUGGAAUGCCAGCGAUUUUUGGUGAUAGAAGAUAAUAAAGUCAAUCAAUAUGAAUCAAUCCAGAAGCUACUGAGUGAAAAGAACUCCUUCCGACAAGCCAUCAGCCAUUCAGAUCGAGCUAAACUCUUCCCAGUCCAUCUCAGGAGCUCGAGCAAGCGCAGGUCCAGGCCUAAAAUAGGAGCCUUGCAAGAAGAAACGGAGGAAGAAGUGCAAGAAACUCGACUGUGAAGAUGCAUGGAUAUGCUGUUGUAUUACAGUUACAAGGAAGGCUUCUGAUGGGAAAUAUCAAACCAUGGGAAUGUUGAAAAAGAACCACUGAAAAAGUGUGGGGACCAAGCACAGAUUUAAGGAUUUCAGUUACUCUAUAAAUAUGCAAAAAACUUCUCUGGAUCAAGUUAGUUGUGAACAAAUACGGCAGAUGAUGCCAAGGAGAUGUCUUCUAUGAACAGACACAUGAAGCCUUUUCAUCAUGAUAUAUACUUAUUUUACUUUUUAAAAUUGGAUUUUUUUUUGAACACCUCAAUGUUUCUCCUUUAAAAAUAAUGCGGAUUAAAAUAUCUGAAUGUAGAACUGAACAAGUUUACUAUCCAGUGCACUGAGUUUAAAAAACUACUAUUCUUUUUUUUUUUUUAUCAGCCAGGAGCAAAAACACAUGGUUUUUCAGGUCCACAGUUAAUAUGACACAAUAACUCAUGAAUGAAAUCUAUUAGAUAUUUGGACUGCAAAGCAAAAUGCACACACAUUUAAUUUAUGUGUCAAGGAGAUCAUGGUUCUGAAAAAACCUGCGAAUUUAAACCUUUAUGAAUGUUCUUGUGAUUUGUCUUUAAAUGUGGAAGAAGAGAAUGGAAGUCAAACAACUGAGCUGACUGAGCUGGUACCAGUUUUGAAAUGCAAAAGGCACGGGGCCUGCAAGGCUGGCAUUAUUCUGUUGUGUAGUACAGAGGACAAACUACUUGAUGUAGUAUCCAUCCAUGCUUAUUCAGAAAAAUAUCUAUCUGAGUUACUUUGGAAGUACAUUUAAAUUAGUUACUUUAAUUUUUGUGGUAUGAAUCAGCUCACCAUUAUGGAAUGCCACUGUUAUGACCUUACUGUAGAUGAUGGGCAGAUAUCAAACAUGGAUACCUUAAACCAGCUAGACUUCAAUAGAUCUGAAGUAUGUGUAAACAUGACAUUGCAGUAGGUUUGGUGAGAAUUGUGUGUUUUUUCUUUAAAUAAAUAAAUGAUCCUGAUUAUUUUAGGAUCACUGCAUAGUGCAAUAAGAUGCUGAGUUCUAUAGAAGUCAGAGGAAGUGAAUUAUGUGCAUUUCACAUUGGAACUUGGAUCAUUUCUUAAACUGAUUAGAUUGUGAAAAGAGACUGAAGUAAGAUUUUCUCAAGUCAUUUGAGUGACUGGGAAAAGGACAGGAAUAUGUGGAUCAUAAAACAGAGAUAUGGAUAAUGCACACUUAAAGAUUUUUAUAAAAAAUAUUUCAUAUACACCCUUCCAAGACCUCUCCUGACAGUCUUAGUAAGGACCAGCCGCUGAGUCCUAGAAAAUAAGCAAUCACAUGGUGGUUGGAUACUGACAUUUUUCAGCAAGUAUUUUAUAAAAUAUUUUAAUGAAAAUUGUUAUUUCCUGCUGCAAAGAUGAAAGAGAAACUUUUGUGAUGCUGUUCUUUUAUACAAUUCUGUGUUGCAGUUAACUGACAUUUCUUUAGGAUAUUUAUUUAGUCUUUAUUUUUUUUGAAAAAAAUAGAGAAUGCAUUUUAAAGACUAUUCUGUAUUUUAAAGAAACUGUGUACCAGAAAAACUAUAUUUGUAUACAGAUAAUUAUUAUAUAUUUGAAAAAAAAUUGAUUCUACUGUACAUUUUUGAAACUGUAGAAUGCAGCAAUAUUCCAUAGAUAUGUUAUCUGAUGCAUUGUGUGUGUUGCUUUUUUGUUACCUUAUUUUUUAAAGCACGAACCAUCUAGAAAAUCUGAGGCAAUGUCGAAUUAUAAUAUUUUGAGUACAAUUAGUUGUAGCCAAACCAGAUAAGACAAAAUUCAUGAAAAAGAUGAAGAGCUUUGUUUCAUAGGAAAUUAGCCUCAGCCUAGGUUUGAAAGAAGAUACGUUGGAGGAUGGGGCAAUGAAGACAUCCAAAUAAAGGUUCUAUAUCUUGACUCAGUCAUUAAUCAAAAUGGAAAUUAUAGUGUAGAAAGCAGAAUAAUCUUAAGACUUGGAAAGGAUUGAGGUAAGAUCCUCAAGUACCACCAUGUAUAGUUAAACACUAAAGUGAGGGCCAUCCAUACCUCAGUAUUUUCGAUUCCUCCAUAAAGCUGUGAAAAUUGGACAUUGGAAUUAAAAUUAUUGGAAGAGAACUAACAGAAGUAUGCUCGAGGAGAGGUCUAUGGACACCAUAGACUUCCCAAAAGACAAAUAAAUGGGUCAGAGAGCAGGUCCGAACUUUCAAUAGAAGCCAAGAUAACUCAACUGAGAUUGAACAUUUUAUAAGCUGACACAAUUCACUGGAAAGGACAAAUUUGAAGGCACUAGGAAAAGAAAAGGACUGCAUUAUAAAUGGUUUGACUCAUAUAGGGAAGCCAUGACCCUGAGUUUGCAAGACCCCAAGCAGAGCCAUUAAUAUGAGGUCUCUCAUUCAGAGGGUCACCAUAAAUCAAUGCAGGCCUGAUAGCACUGAAUGAUACACAAUGUUAUGAAGACUGAAAAUUAAAUUUUCUAUGUUAUUAUAUUUUCCUAAAUUUGCUUUAGGACGUGUGUUUCUAAUUAAAGCCCAUUUUGCCAACUGC